UGUAACGAUUUGUAAUUGAUCUUUGAUUCCAUCUCGAUAUUGAAAUAAUUUCUCAGCUCUUGUGAAACCUGCUCAGAACAUAUACUCAUCAAAUAUUCACAGACAGAAAAAUGGUUGUUAAGAAAGUAGGAGUUCUCGGUGCUACUGGUACUGUUGGUCAAAGAUUUUUAACCCUCCUUGCUGAUCAUCCUAAUUUCAAGAUUGCAGUCCUUGGUGCGUCUGCUCGCUCCGCUGGCAAAUUGUACAAAGAGGCAACCAAAUGGAAGCAAACCUCGCCUAUGCCCAAGAUGGUUGCUGACAUGACUGUCAAACCCUGCGAAGUUAAAGAAUUCACUGAAUGUGACAUUGUUUUCAGUGGUUUGGACUCUGAUUUUGCUGGUGAAAUUGAAAAGAAUUUCCGUGAUGCAAAUCUGGCUGUCGUUUCCAAUGCCAAGAACUAUCGUAGAACUCCAAAUGUUCCUUUAGUCGUUCCCACUGUCAACACUGAACAUUUGGAUGUUCUUAAAUCUCAGCGCAGGGAAAACAACUUAGACCAUGGUUGCAUCAUUACCAACUCGAAUUGUUCCACUGCAGCAGUCGUCGUGCCUCUUAAGGCUCUUCAAGAUGCUUUCGGCCCCAUUGAUAAGGUAUCGGUAGUAAGUAUGCAAGCCAUUUCUGGUGCUGGCUACCCCGGUGUUUCCAGCCUCGAUAUGUUGGAUAAUGUUGUUCCCUAUAUCAGUGGUGAGGAAGACAAGAUUGAAUGGGAAACCCGUAAAAUUUUAGGUGGUGUUAAUGAAAGCGUCUCUGCUUUUGAAUUAACGGACACUGUUGUCUCUGCUCAGUGUAACCGUGUGCCUGUUAUAGAUGGUCACUUGAUGUGCAUCUCUGUCAAAUUUGCUAACGCCACUCCUUCUGUUUCUGAUGUCCAUAAGGCUCUUAAUGAGUAUGUGUCUGAAGCUCAAAAGCUUGACUGCCAUAGCGCUCCUAAGCAAGCUAUUGUUGUCUUUGAUGACUCUUGUCCUGAUCGUCCUCAACCCCGUUUAGAUCGUGAAAACCAGCAAGGAUACGCUGUCUCCGUUGGUCGCAUCCGUUCUGAUUCUAUUUUUGACGUCAAGUUUGUCUCUCUUGUUCACAACACUGUAUUAGGUGCUGCCGGUGCUGGUAUUUUGAAUGCCGAAGUAGCUGUCAAGAAGGGUCUUUUGUAAAAUGAUUUACAUCCCUUUUGUUCUUAGAUGCAUUCAUUCUUUCGUUUAAUUAUUCUUUGUCUUUUUGGUACCUUUUUUUAUUAGAAAAGGUGUGAGUGUUUUCACUGCUUUAGUUCUUUUGAUUCCCGUCUUGUUUUUCAGGUUUUUAUAAAAAAAAAUAGCGUUGAAUGAAUUAUGUAGAUAUCGAUUAGCAAUGAUAAAUAACUUCAAAUAGAAGUCUUAAAAUAAUUAAAUAGAGAAGCAGUCGAUUACUGAGUAAAUUGAAAAGGCAAACCUAC